AUGGAAGCAACCAAUCCUGAGUAUGCUUCGAUAUAUGAGAAGGCUGACAAAUAUUUACCGUUCAUUAAAGAAAUCUAUGAAGGGAAGAGUCAAAACAACCAGGAGGCAAAUCUUUUAUCUGGUCUUAUAGAACUCCUGAAACAGUUACCUGAAGAUUUUCAUCUAUUUUGUGACCCUCGUAUCGGUCAAAUUUCAAUAUUUUCAUUAACUUUACUAUCAUUUCCCGAUGAAGCUGCCAGAAAAUGGUUAUUCAAUACAUAUAAUCCCAUUCUAUCCAAAUGUGAGAAAUGUAUAUUAGCAUUUACACGCGGGACUUGUAAUAUGUUGCAACAUUUUGCAACUCAAAGAGAUCUACCCCACGAUCGUGUUUAUAAAUUUAAUGAUCUAGUAACGGAAUGGCGAGCCUCGACUUGUACACCAAUAUUGAGAAAUAUAUCGAUCAGUGAGGAUAGAAAAUCUAUCCAUAUUACACCUACAGUACGUUGCGCAAUGUUCGAAGGGUUAUGUAACCCACAUAUGAUUAGAAACAAUCCUGAUUUUAAACAGAUAUUUGCUGUAAUAUUCAAAUAUUUAUACGAUACAAAAUAUGAAUUACUUGAUGUACGGUCACCAGAGUCAAUACAAACGUUCCUUGCUGGGACUAUUUAUUGUUGGUAUAGUGGGACAAGAGAACAAGAAAGUUGGGCAAAAGAAUUUUUAAAAAAGUUGCAUAGAGAAAACACAAUAAUCACCAAAAAAUCUUUAACACCAGAUUUACUUGAAGAAAUGUUUUAUUACAUUCUUCAUCUAGAGGAUCCAUCAAAUUGGACAACUGAAAAUAUUUCGAAGUUUUGGAUGAAAUUUGUACCAAUAUUUGCUUUAUUAGAUACAGAUGUGUUCAAAGAAUAUUUAAUUGUUCCAAAGGAUAUCAAUUCCUUAACUGCAACAUACAAGUUUCCCAUUGAAUCUAUAUUUAUGUUAUGGUACAAGCAUUUCUCGAUAAAUAUAGCUAAUAAGCCACUUGAUUUCUUAUUGAGAGCAGUGUGCAUUUUAUUAGAUAAAAUGAAUAGCGAAUUUUGGAAAAUUAUUCAUCCUUACACUUUCCACAAUAUAAUCGAAUUGAUUUUUGGUAAUAAUUUAUUCGUCACCAGACUCACAAUUGUACAAAAUAUUAGAAUCCCAGAUGAUGAUAUAGAGACUUAUUUUUCCAACAAGGGUUCCAUGACAGAUUUAUUAUCAUGGAAUUUACCGUUUUAUCACUCUUUAUCUGAAUCAACGAGAAUUCAGAUGGUGAAAAAAGUUUCAGUGGCAUUUCUAAGAAUUGUAGCGACAUACCAUGACCUAAAUUCAACUGCAAAACUGUUCUUAAUGAGCUCUUCAACUGCCCUACUAAAUGAUAUCUUGUCCAUCAAAGAUGAAGAAAGAUCAAAACUCUACGUUCAAGAUGACUUCCAAACAAUUCUUUUUACCAAGAGUGACUCGAGAUCUUUGUUAAAUAACCCGUUAAUUCAAGAUAUUGCUAUUAAAUCUGCGACAAAUGCCGCACAAACAUACCCGGGUAUUGGGACUGCAGUGUAUUCAGUUGCCCAAUCUGUAAUGGCUGUUUUAUCUAAAUGUAUUGACUUGGAUGUUCUACUCCUUUGCCAAAGAACUUAUAGACUAUACUCAGGCAAAAGUAUCAGCGAACUACCAUUACCUCUGACUUUGCUUGAGAAUUUAAAUAGCAAAGUCAAACUAGAUUCAUUUCAAGAUGGCCCACUAUUAGCAAAAUAUCUGCUAAUUUCUAUGCGCAACAUCAAUGGGCUAUUAGUUGUCCCUGGCCAAUCAACCAUAAUCCAAAAACAUAAUGGCACCGUAAAACAAUUUUUAGAUCUAUCAACUAAUUUGAUUAGCAAAUUUACUGACGUUCUGCCAAAUAAACUAUCUGAAAUUUUAGCAGAUAAGAAUGCAUCUCAAGGGUUUUGGUCAUGUAUAUUUUCAUCGGACGCCAACCUGUACCAGGUGACUACCAAUAUUCUUUAUGAUACAUUUGAUGUUGAAGGUAGAUUAGAAGGUAUACAAGCUCUUCUAAAUACUAGUUUAUCAUACCAACUAAGAUCUAUUAAUACUGUAUUGAGACAACUUAUCAAAUGUGAAUUCUAUGAACCUUGCCCGAGGGCAAUCCGAGUUUUAAUGGAUAUUUUAAGUGCCUUUUCAGAUCCAGUAGGUGGUAUUAUUUCAAACUAUAGUAGUUUAAGGGAUGAAAACACAGACAAUGAAAUUGUUACAUUUUGGCAACUUUCAUGGUCAUUUCUAGAUACAAUAUACAAAUGUACUUUACAAUGGGCUUCAAAGUACGAUUACUCUGAGUUAGAAAACUUUACCAAAGAUACAUUGGAAUUGAGUCGUUCAUUUGUUAACUCCUUUAGAGAAUUUUCAGAUAUUAUAUCCAGUUCCGGUGUAGACUUGUUUGACAGUGUUCUGAAGGCUUUUAAAAAUAUGUUGUACUGGUUGAGACUAAGUGAUGAUGAGUUACUAGAAUCUUGUGUAAGAUUAAUAAUAAGUGCCACAGAUCUUGCUUUUGAACGUAAAAUGAAAUUUGGCGACGAAAUCGUAACAUCUUUAACGCAAUAUGCAGUAAAAGCUAAGAGACAUUCCAAUAAAUUGACUGCAUCACAAACAUCUGAAAUAUUAACAAAAGCAAAAUUGUUCAAUUCCCGAUUAGUAACUUCCAUUGUCGACUCAGUUGAAGAAAGCCGCAAAGGAAAGGAAGCUCUUAGACAUCCGACUGUUAGACUACCUAGUCUCGACGAAUCCAGGGCGGAUUUUUUGCAACGAAAGGCUACAUCUUCUUCGAUUCUUGGUAGACCAAAGUCUACCCAACCCAAGAUUACGAAUUUCGGUGUUUUCAAAUCUGGGGCAGACAUGACUUUACAAACGAAAAAGGCACCUAAACCUCUUUCAAAGAUGGAAUUAGCGAGAAAACAGCUGAUGAGUAAUCGUAUCGUACAUCCACCAAGUACGUCAGUUUUCCAUACAAAACCAAAAACUAAAACUAAGGGCGGUGAUUCAAGCGAUAGCGAUAGUGAUGCAGAAGGUGAUCUUGAAACAGCACGUGAAUUAUUUGCCUCAACCAGGGCCAAAAGUCACACAAUCGAAACUGUGGACAUAAAUGGAAAAAAUAUUAAACGUAACACCAAAGCUGAAAUUGCUCGAAUGGAAGAAGAAAAUAUGAGAAGAAGAUUAAAUGUAGACUUAAACCCGCUAUAUGAGACAAUGUUAAAAUGGAAUUAUACAAGAAAAAAUGAAUAUCCAAACGAUGAAACUUCACAGUAUACAGACAUAAAGGAUAAAUUCACAUCAGCUUCAGAAUAUAGAAAAAUUGUUAAACCCUUGUUAUUGUUGGAGUGCUGGCAAGGUUUAUGUGCAGCAAGGGAUAGAAUUGAUAACAUACCAUUUAGUGUUAUAUGUGGUAACCGGAGAGUUGUAUCUGACUUUUACGAUAUCUUCACCUCUAUGUCAAAAUCUUUUGUAGAAAGUAGUAAAAUCAGCGAGUCCGAUCUAAUUGCGAUGGCCUAUUUCCCAAACCUACACCCUGGGGAGAAACCAUCUAACGAUGACUUUAGAAAGGCCGAAAACACUUGUCUUGCUAAAAUUCGUUCUAUUAAUUAUGCCAAGAAUAAUACAGUUGAAAUAACGUUACGUAUCCACAGAAAUCAGCCAUUUUCUAAAUUCCUUACCCUAAGGUCCGAAAUACAUGCCAUAAAGGUAAUGCAGAUGACCACUGUAGAGAGAGAAUAUCAAACCAUCGAAGCUUUAGAAUAUUAUGAUUUAGUUGACCAAAUUUUGGCAGCGAAACCAUCCCCACCGGCUCAUGUUUCUCCUAAUGAGGUAGAAAACGUCAAGCGUUGCUAUAAAUUAAAUACUUCGCAGGCGCAAGCCAUUGUCAAUACUGUCUUGAAUGAAGGUUUUUCUUUAAUUCAGGGGCCACCAGGUACAGGUAAAACCAAAACAAUAUUAGGAAUUGUGGGAUAUAUCCUUUCCUUGAGAAAUGCUCUACCAUCCAACGUUAUCACAGUCCCUACUGGACAGGCGAAUAAUACUAUGGACCAACUAUUGAAAAAACAAAAAGUUUUAAUAUGUGCUCCAAGUAAUGCAGCUGUGGACGAAAUUUGUAUUCGUUUAAAAGAUGGUGUUUACGAUAAGAAUGGUAAUUUAAUUAAACCGCGAGUCGUUCGUGUUGGUCGAUCUGAUGUAGUCAAUGUCGCGAUCAAAGAGCUUACUUUAGAGGAGUUAGUAGAGCGUAGAGUAUCUGCUAAGAACCAGGAAUACCUGCAAAAUCCUGAACUAGACCAAAAGUUUCACGCUACAGUUUUGGAAAGACGGGAACUAAUGUUUAAACUAAAUUCUGAAAAUGGUAAGCCUGAGAGUAAGCUCUCGUCAGAAGAUAUGAGAAAGUUACAAACACAAAUCAGAGAGUUAAGCAAGACACUUAACAUUCUUGGUAAAGAGAAAGAUGAACUGAGGGAACAAAGAUCAUUAAACUCAAGAAAACGUGAUAUAGAUAGGAGAAAUGCACAAGCCCAGGUUCUGUCUGAGAGUGACAUCAUUUGUUCAACGUUAUCCGGUUCAGCUCAUGAUGUUUUAGCAACCUUGGGUAUAAAAUUUGAUACUGUAAUUAUUGAUGAAGCUUGUCAAUGUACCGAACUGUCUUCGAUAAUUCCGUUAAGAUAUGGUGGUAAGAGAUGUAUCAUGGUCGGUGAUCCCAACCAACUUCCUCCGACGGUCUUAUCUGGUGCUGCUAGUAAUUUCAAAUACAAUCAAUCUCUCUUUGUUCGUAUGGAAAAGAACACCACCCCAUAUUUAUUAAAUGUCCAAUAUCGUAUGCACCCAGAUAUAAGUAGAUUCCCCUCACUUGAAUUUUACAACGGACGUUUAUUAGAUGGACCAGAUAUGGCCAUGAUCAACAAAAGACCAUGGCAUACAUGUCCUCCAUUACAACCUUAUAAAUUCUUUGAUAUCUCUACUGGUCAGCAAGAGCAAAAUAAAAAAACUAUGUCAUAUGUGAAUACUGAAGAAAUUAAUGUUGCUGUUGAGCUUAUCAAUUUCCUAUUUACUAAAUUUGAAAAUGAUGUAGAUUUUACAGGAAAAAUUGGGGUGAUCUCUCCAUACAAAGAACAGAUGCAACGAAUGCGUAGACAAUUUACAUCAUAUUUUGGUUCAUUUAUAAAUAAAUAUAUUGAUUUUAACACAAUUGAUGGUUUCCAGGGUCAAGAAAAAGAAAUUAUCAUCAUAUCAUGUGUUCGUGCUGACGACACAAAAUCGUCGGUGGGUUUCCUAAAGGACUUUCGGCGUAUGAAUGUUGCAUUUACAAGAGCUAAGACUAGUCUUUGGAUCCUUGGUCAUAGAAAUUCCUUAUAUCAAAAUAAAUUAUGGAGAAACUUAAUAGAGGAUGCAGAAUCUAGACAUAGUAUUCAAAAGGCAUAUGCAGGUUUUCUUUCCGAUAAACAACCAAAGGAAAGGAUCAAUACUGUUGUAGGCACAAAUGACGACUCUUAUAAUCCAUUGGAUAUUGCUGACAGAGCUGGAAGAAAAAGGCCUGCCAUAAGUGAAUCCCUCUCUAUGCAACCGCAACAGAAAAAGCCAAAAGAUAUUCCAAUUAAAGAAAUCGAGUUAGCAGAGGGUGAAGAAAAGAGAUUAAAAAGAGAAGAGAAACAAAGAAAGAAAGAAAAAAAAGAAAAGAGGGAUAAGAAGGAGAAUAAAGAGAAGAAGGAAAAGAAGAAAGAAAGGAAAGAUAAGAAGGAAAAAAAAGAUAACAACGAGAAAGGUUUUGAGAAAGAAAACAAGAAUGGAAGUUCUUCUGGGACUAAAAGAAAAUCUUCGUUCUUUGGACCUACCAAAUCACCUUCACCUUCUACAGCUCCCAAUAAUAAUAUAUACAUCAAUGAUGAAAAAAUAAAAAAACAGAGAAAAUCAUCUAGUUUGAAGGAUAAUAGACAUCUCAAAUUUGUAGAUGACAUAAUCGCCAUUCCGGAGUCGGUAUGGGAUAAAAUUCCCCCAUCGAAUUCGAACCCGCGACCUUUAAAAUCUGCAAUGAAAGGAAAAGAUUUAAAAAGGACUGAUAAUAAAGAGGAUUCUAAUACAAAGAACAAAAAGCCUUCCGGUUCUUUAAACAAUAAUAUUAGCAAAAGCAAUACACGUGAAACUGACACAUUAAAUAAGGAGGCUAAAGUUUCGAAUGUAUCAGCUUCACAUGCCAACGAUUUAAUAGUUGAAAAACAUGCUUCCGGAUCCCCUCCAGAUGAUGACUACGAUCCCACAGCAUCACUGGGUACUAAGAAUGAGAAGGAAGACACAGUUGUGCCACCAGUAACAGCCAAUUUAAAAACGGAGACCAAUUCUAAUGAUAAAUUAUCAAGAUCUGUUUUAGGGAAACAGAACGAGAUUUCAACCUCGACAUCAGCGUCAACUGAACAAUCAAAUGUAAAUGGGAGCUCAAGAUUAGAGCCUAGAGCGAUCGAUAAGAUCCAAACUCUUCCAUCUAAUCCCCCAAGAAUAUCUUAUACAAAUCAUGAGGAGCCUCAGAGCAUGUCUGCCAGUUUUAAGGAUAGAAUAACCCCGAUUAGUCGAUAUGGUACUUCCUCAAAAGAGUCAAGGUUCGAAAGUACUCCAUCACCUGGGAGUACAUUGCCUUAUAAAUCUAGGGAGUAUAGUAACAAUUUUGCUCAACACAACGGACAACCUUCUGGAUUUCAUGGAUAUUACAAUAAUAAUAAUAUUAACAAUAAUAAUUUCAAUAAUAACUUUGGUAACAAUCCGGAUACACGCUAUAAUAAUUACCCAAAUGCAAGAUAUGAACAUAGCCAAAAUUCUGAAACUAGCAGACACCCUAAUGCUAAUUAUCACAAUGGUGUAAAUGCUGGAUUUGGUAGUAAUAUGAAUACAAAUCACGAUACAAAAUCGUACUUAGGGUACAAUAGUUAUCAAAACUCAAGAUAUGGACCAAGUUCAAGUGAGCAUCAUCAAAAUGAUCCGUACUACCCCGGAUCUACCAACCGUUAUCAUUCACCUCCGCUAUCCAAUGCCGAAACGGUAAGUGAAGAAUCAAGAACACCUUCAAAUGGCCCUUCAAAGAAUAGUAGGAGGACUCCGGCACCUUCUCCAUUUAUACCAAAGAGGAAGAGGACAUUUAAAUGA